AUGCCAGCAAAAGUAUAUUCACACGCUCAACACGAUGAUGUUGUCAACGCUGUUGGAAAGCAUAUUUUGAAAAUUCAAGAUGAAUCGUUAAAAUCAUCAUCCACAUUCAAGAUUGCGGUAUCAGGUGGAUCUUUAGGAAAAGUUUUGAAGCAAUGUUUAAUUGACAACUCAUCAAUUGCGCCACAUAUUCAGUGGGAUAAAUGGGAAGUUUAUUUCAGUGACGAAAGAUUGGUGCCAUUGGACCAUCCUGAUUCCAAUUAUGGGUUGUUUAACGAAAUGGUUUUGUCAAAUUUGCCAACUAAUACCACAAAACCAAAGGUUAACGCUAUUGAUGAAAGCUUAUUAACCGGUAAAGAUGGACAAAUAGCAUCUGCUUCUCAACUGCAUGAUGAAUCAAUUGCUAAGCGUUACGAAGCUUCUUUGCCUGAAAAUGCGAAAUUCGAUUUGAUUCUCUUAGGUUGCGGACCUGAUGGUCAUACUUGUUCUUUGUUCCCAGACCAUAGACUUUUGAAAGAGAGAGAUGAGUUGAUUUCAGCCAUCAGUGAUUCUCCAAAGCCACCACCAAGAAGAAUUACUUUUACUUUCCCAGUGUUAGAAAGAGCCUCUUCAAUUGCCUUUGUUGCUGAAGGUGCUGGUAAGGCUCCUAUCAUGGAAAAGAUAUUCGUUGAUAAGUCAAGCCAAUUACCAUCUAAGCUAGUUAAUGAAUUGAAAACUGGAGUAGAUGUUCUGUGGUUUGUCGACGACAGUGCAAUUGAAGGUGUCAAUGUAAUCUCUUCGAAAUACUAA